AUGAAUUGGAUUGGAGGCGCCAGAAAUCGCAUUCGAGUGAAAGACGACACGCGCCAACAGCGGGAUUUCUUUGAGAAACGGCGCUUUUCCAAACGUGUUCAGCAUCUCCGUCCGCCAUCUCCUGGCCGAAAGAAAUCAAAGGGAGCCGUCAGUCAGGAUCUUAUAUUCCUUCAGGCUCUUAACAAUGCUACAGCCAGACCAAGAGUCGUGGAGACCAACCACCAAGCAUCAAACAAGUCUCACUCUGUGAACGUUGUUGAUUUGGACAGCGCACGACCAGCCAAGAAACGACGAAUUGAUGUCUUCCUACCCAACGUGUCACCUGAUUUGGCAAGAGUUCCUUCAAGGCUAGAGCUACAUGAAGGGCCCAGUGAGAUGAGAGGACAACAGCAUGAUUUUUUGAAUGGAAGUGAAAUGGGGCUGUCAACUAUGGAAGAGCCGUUGCCAAAAUAUUUACGAAAACUGAGAUAUGAUAUGAGUAAGACAACACCCAAGGAUGUCCCUCACCCGAUCUGCUAUGGAACUGAAGAUGAACAAGUGACUCCAUUCUUAGAACAACUGCUGCAUCAGAAGCCAGUAUUUGAUGCUGAGACUCCAUAUAAUCCCUACUCAGCUCCUGGACCAGCAAGUUUGAAGAGGAGAGAAAGUUACGCAAAGGGACAGAACAUUGUGAACUCAUCACCAGUUGCUGGUACAAUCCCUGAAGAUCUCUACCCUGACGAUCUCUACCCUGACGAUCUCUACCCUGAAGAUCUCUACACCAAAGAUCUCUAUACACAUAAAUCUCACCAAACAAACAACACCAGGAGGAAACACCACCGGACGGCUCCAUCAGCUGACAAUACCAUUUUCUCAGCCAAAUCCUACAUCCCAGAUGACGAAGCUCAAACACAUUUGCACCAUCGUAGGCAGCACAAAACAUUUGAUGACUUUGACAACAGCCACACACGAUCAAGAAUACAAAUCAAACAGCAUGAGCUUCGUAAUGAUAGUACACAAUCAAAGGCAAACGCUAGAGAACAACUAAGAGAGUCUAGAAAUGAGACAAGUGUUUCGUCAUUUGAGAAACUGCUACACAAGAUUGAAUCAAAGCAAAUUCCUUCUACAAGCCAAAUGUCUGAUGUAGACAAUUGUAGAUCAACUUCCAAACUGUGUAGUAGUAAAGACUCGAAAUGGAGAGAGUUUGUAACAAACCAAGAUGUUGUUAAUGAGCAGUGUGGAAGCCUACCGAGAGAUGAGAGAGAUGAACAGUUGGCUGAGGAAGCUUUAGAAGAGCUGAUGAAGCUGAGCGAUGGAAGUUGCAGUGGAGAUGAAGGCGGUCAUUCAUCUGAUUGGUCAAACUCAACAUCAGCCUCUCAACUCCCUCCAGCACCCAAGGAAGACAUUUACCACCCAACACAUUCAUCUAUUACUCACAACAAAGUCACAACCAACAUGUCACAUCCAAAUACUUCAACACUCACUCAAUCACAGCAUCAAACGGAUGAGAAACAAAACGCGGAAGACGACGAUCAACACAACAAAUGUCACAUAAAUCACGACAAGCAACGAGAUGGAACGACUCAAACUGAUGCAAUUUACACCAAAGAUGUUGGAACGCAAAGUGCUGCGUCAAAGAAAGAAACACGAAGCAUUGCUAUCCAAACAGAAUCAACACAAACACAAACACAAAUGACCGAUCAGAAUGACCAACAUUUAUCACUGCUUCCUUUCACUCACUUUGCACCCUCAUUUCCACACACUCAUCAACUAGAUCCUUCUCUUUUAAAUCAACAAUGUUAUGCUUAUGGUUCCCAUACUGCAUUCAUUUGGCAGUCGAUGCUAACGAAAAUUGUGUCUGCCAUGUUGCCUUCUGGCAGUGCAAAUUCGUGGCUUGAGAUGCUGCUGUCCGGUUACCAACCGAGCAUUCAAUCAGGUCACAAUGAUGAUGAACAUGUGGACGAGAUUGAUGGUGUGGGACAUUAGCGUGUGUGUGUGUGUACUGAGUGAGUGGAUUUUGAUUAUG